UAUGAAGAGUACAAGAAAGAGAUGCUAAAACUAGAAUCACUAGCGCACAAAGGGGAGGCAGGACAGUUGGUGCUUCAGAGAAUCAAGGAAUUGGAGACAUUGUUCUCGUCUGUCACAAACAGCGAGAUCAAGGAAUUAUCUAUGUAUAUGAAAGACUCAGAAGCAUUGCGUAAAACUACCGAGUUUGCAUCCACGAAUGCAGAACACAUUCGCUUUGGAGACCUCGGAGGAACACUUCCUCUUGAACACUAUCUUAAAGCUGUGAAACAAUACAUGAAUCCAGACAUUGCACAUGAGCAACAAGGAGAACCUGUCGGCAGAAGUGCCGAAGACAUGAAUGAAAGAUUUAACUCGUUUGAUUGGGAUAAGUUGGGGAACUGGUUCUAUCUGAGGGGACGUGUCCCUGUACCAUCUCACUUUCUAUGCGGUCCUCUAGCUACUCAGCGUAGGCGUAUAGCUACCCGCACAAGAACGAUUGAUGAUACAGUGUCAUCAGCCGCUAUAACUACAGCCAGGAAAGUUGAUGCAUCCGAACUAGAAAACGAUCCGGAGCAGAGUACUUCCCACAUGGUGCGUGCAUUGUACAAUGUGAUAAGGGAAAAAGAUCCCGAAACAAAAGUCAGUCUAUACCGGCUAUUUAUUAAUCCGCACUCUUUCAGCCAGUCUGUUGAGAAUCUCUUCUACAUAAGCUUCUUGGCCAGAGACGGGCGAAUCAGGAUUGACGAGGGUCCAGACAACGUGCCCUACGUGGAAAUUCCUGAUAAGGAUCAAGAUGAUGAUGAGGAUCAAGACGAAGAAAGCCUGCUUCUGCAUUACAUUGCCUCUCUAGAUCAAGCGUCUUGGAAUUGGCUUAUUGACCGAUAUAACAUCACUGAUUCAUAUGUCCCACAUCGAACACAGGAGGAGGAUAGGAUCAGCGAG